AUGAAGGCUUUAUUCGCUUUAGCUGUCUUAUUAGUUACCGCUUCUUGCUAAGUUUACCCCAUGAAUGUGGGUAAUGAAUGCUCUACUGCUACUUGCUCUAUAAGCUAUUGGUAAUACAAUAAUACCAAUUUCAAUUAUACUUGCCCUGAGGCUGGAAAAAGUAUGGCUAGAUUCAGAAUUGCUCAAGGAAACUACUUCUUAGAUUUUGUUGCAUAUAAUCCAUUAACUUCUGACUCACCUGUUACUAUUCCCCUCUUUUACAAUCCUAAUCCUAAUUAAAGUGGUCUCUAAUAUUACUAUUCUCUCUAAUAAGGUCACAACUUUGUUAUCUUGAAUUGCACCCUUACUGCUGCUAAAUAAUUAACUAGCCUCUGCUCUAAGCACGCUUUAGUUGGUGGUAAGAUUUACAAAGAUGUUUUCCAAAAUGCAUGUGCCUUCGGUUUGGAUGCUCCUAGAUACGCUUUCUUACAAUAAGAAAUACCAUUGGAAUUCGAGUCUUCUAUUUGA